GUUCAACUCAAGCGUCGGGAUAUCAACUACAUUCGUGCCAAUGCUCACUCGAUAUCCCUGUACCCAAGGCUUCGCUCUUUAAGUCGUGACAACACCCAUUUUGGCAGUAAUCAUUCAGCCCGAACUCGCCUCUCUGGUUGCCGUGUUUUACCGGAUUCUGAGCAAUGGGAUGGCUUUUCCAUUGAUAGCAAGCAAACGCCUCAGAUACGCUCUGAGGCGGGAAAUCGACCGCGUUCUCUAGCCCCUGGAGAGCUUCCGCCCUAG